CAGCAGUCGCACGGUGAUGACGUACCAGCUGGAAAAUGGAGAGGAAACACAUGUCGGCUUUUGCUUUGUAUCAAACCUUGUCAACAGACGUGUCUCCUCCUGCUAAAAAGCCUUCACUGCAGGUGGCCACUAAGAAGAAAAAGAAAAAGGAGAAUGGAGUUGCAGCCAAAGAGGUCAACACACUGAAAGCCCAAAUGAAGUCUGAAAGGAAGAAAGUGAGAAAGAAGCUCCCGAAGGCAGCACAAAGAGAGGCGAGCCUUAAAGGAAACACAGAACAGAAGGAGGAGUGUGUAAAUGGAAAUGCUGAGGCUCUGGAUGCUUUGCUGGCCGACCUGGCGAAAGUCAACAACAGCAGGGACAGAGCGAGCAAACUGUUCCAGUGGCUCAUUCACCCCAUUCCUGUCAAAGCCUUCUUCAGGGAAACGUGGGAAAAGAAGCCCAUUCUUGUUCAACGCAAGAAUCCAGAUUACUACAAAGGACUGUUCUCUACAGCAGAGUUUGAUCGCAUAUUAAGAGAGGAGGAUGUUCAGUACGGAGUGAACCUGGAUGUCACGAGUUACACUAAUGGAAAGAGGGAGACGCACAAUCCUCCAGGGAGAGCUCUGCCGUUCACUGUGUGGGACUUCUAUGAGAGUGGCUGCUCCCUUCGAAUGCUGAAUCCCCAGGCUUUCUCCUCCACCGUGUGGAACGUGUUGUCCAUCCUUCAAGAGCAGUUUGGCAGCAUGGCGGGAGCCAACAUAUACCUGACACCACCUGGAACGCAAGGCUUUGCUCCUCAUUACGACGACAUUGAGGCGUUUGUGGUCCAGCUGGAAGGCAAGAAACACUGGAGAGUGUACAACCCAAGGACGGAUGACGAGGUCUUGCCAGUACAUUCAAGUCCGAACUUUGAUCAGGCAGAUAUCGGGAGGCCGAUCCUGGAAGUGGUGCUGGAAGCUGGAGAUCUCCUCUACUUUCCCAGAGGAUUCAUCCACCAGGGUGACUGCCUGCCAGACGCUCACUCCCUGCACAUCACCAUCUCCUCUUACCAGAAGAACAGCUGGGGGGACCUGCUUCAGAAGGUGGUUCCAGCAGCACUUGAAAUAGCAGUGGAGGAGGAUGUGGAGUUCAGAAAAGGAUUACCUCUGGACUACCUGACAUACAUGGGAGUACAGAAUUCUGACAAGGAUGACCCACGCAGGACUCAAUUCUUCUCACAAAUUGACAAACUGAUGACGAAGCUCAAAAAUUACGCCCCCGUCGAUGCUGCUGUGGAUCAGAAAGCCAGAGACUUCAUCCAUGACUGCCUGCCUCCUAUGCUGACUCCAGAGGAGCUAGCUAGCAGUGUUCAAGGAGCACCUGCUAGGUGGGAAUGUGGACAAGUCAUUGAUGUGGGUGCACGCAUCAGUACUCAGACCCGGGUCAGAAUCCUCCGUGCUGGAUGUGCCAGGUUAUGCAGUGAUGGAGAAGCUGUUCAUCUUUACUAUACCACAGACAACUCCAGAGUUUACCACAAAGAGGAGCUCAAGAGUUUCGAAAUAAAACCAGAGGUAAGCAUUGGAAGGGCUGUGCAAAGCUCAUGUUUUGUACAUGGUGUCCUAAUGAUGUUGUCUCCGCCUAAUGAUCAUAAUUGUUUCUUCUUUCAGCACACAGAUGCCAUUGAGUUUUUGAUCCAUUCUUAUCCCAAAUUUGUGACAGUAGGAAGCUUCCCAUGUGGUUCUGAAGAUGACAGGGUCAAUUUGGCUGAGCUGCUUUUUGAGAGGGAGAUUAUCCACACUGCAGAACCUCUGUAAUGGCCUCAGAUUCUUCAGUCAUGCUGAUGCCUUUAUACAAAAUACCAUCUUUGAUUCAAAACCCCUCUUACGCUAAGUAUUCUUUUCUAGCCAUUUAUAAAUUUGUUUCGUUUUCGGCAUCAAAUAAACCAGUUUUUCAAAGAAAAAAGGAAAUUGAUGUUAUGUGUUCUUUAAAUCACUUUC